AUGGUGCAAAGUGGUCGCGAGCUGCUGCUCCGACUUAAUGUGCCGUUGCUAGAGAAGCGAUUGUUUCAACUCUUCCAAGCGUAUGCUAUUCCGGCGGCCCUGGAUGGAGGGUUUCCUUACUACCAUUUGGAAGCCGACUAUUUGGCGGUUAGUACUGCCGCCCACCAUUUCGCCCUGAUCACUGAAAAGGGAAUUAGCAAAUGUACCUCGAUGUUGUUGGCAGCUGAUGAGACACGCUUCGCAUGUGAAAAGAAAGUCCCUACCAUUGUGUCGGCUGAAAGGAUGUGUGUGACCAGCAUUUUUGCCAAAAUUGUGAAAAUAUCGCUCGACAGCAAAGAAACGACGUUAAAUUUCAUAGAAGAUUAUAAAUUAAGUGAAGUGCUAUGGAAAUGUGACCAGAAAGGAUAUUCUAAUAAACAAUUAAGAAGUGAUGCACUUCAUAAAUUACGUGAAAACGGCAGUGGUACAAACGAAGUAUACGAAUCAAAUUGGUUCGCGUAUAAACAUUUACUCUUUUUGAAAGAUGUAAAUGUACCAUUGCCAACAAAAGACAGCAUAGUGGAGAAGAAUGCCCAACAGGGGAGCAAUACACAUGACAUUGAAGAAACAAUCGCUGAUGAAGGAUUAGAAGAAAUGGAUACUUCAAAUUCUUUUCGGAAACCAGCGGCAGAUGGAAAAAUCACAAAAAAAAGAAGGCGGAACGUCACAACUAAUGUGAGUGAUGAGAGAGAAGAAGAAACUUAUAAUUUUAUGAAGGCUGUUAGUGAAAUGAAAACUAUGGAUGAAUAUUCAGCUUUUGGGGAUUACAUAGCGCAUAAAAUUCGAAAACUUAAAAGCGCUACAUUGCGCAGUAUCGCCCAAAACCGCAUCAAUAAUAUCAUUUUUGAAUUGGAAAUAAGUCAUGAAAAUGACCAAGGUUUAAUCUUAAUUUCUUCGCCAUCUACCGCAAGUUCAUCGGAGCAAUAUUCAGCGACUCCUACUCCUGAACCAGAACCUCAUCCAUCAUCACCGAUCGCUACAAUGCAACACGUCAACAAUUCUGUAAUAACAGAACUUUUGAACAUAUAA